GAGGAGGAGGGAGCAGACGGGGCGGAUCCCUCAAAGUGAGGAGACUUUAAAGCCCCCUUACGCAGGCUCAAAGCUCUGCAUGUGAGCCAGCUGAGAGCUGACCGUGGUGCUGAACAUCUUCAGCAUCCUUCAUCAGAGGUCCUUACGUGUGAACAUAUUCCCCAGGAUCGGCACGCAGAGCCAUGACACUGUGCAGUAUUUGUGAAUAAAACAACUUCAGUAAAUAAAACCGACAAGAUGAGCAACACCAACUACUGGGUUGUGGAUUAUGACCUCUCCUCUCCGGCUCCGCCAAGCUUCGCCAGGGCCCCGACAGUGCUGCAGCCAAUGGCGGGACACCCUGACCAGGGCACGGCCUUGUGCUUUGUGGGCCUCCUGGUGCUCCUGUUACUCUUCCUGCUGGUUCGCUGCGUGCGUAUCCUGUUAGACCCUUACAGCAGCAUGCCGGCGUCAUCGUGGACUGACCACAAGGAGGGUCUGGACAAAGGGCAGUUUGAUUAUGCACUGGUGUGACGACCACAGUUGGGUGGGACACAAAGGGGGAAGCUGUAAGUGUAAGGAAUUCAAAAAUGUAGAUCCCAUUUGGAGUCCUGUUUAUCAUGUCAUUGCGUUCAUUGAUAUCAAUUUGGAACAUGUUUUUCUCUGUGCAGCUGAACCAAAAUGUUUGAUUUUACACUGAAACCUACUGUAGAUUCUGUGUGAAUUGUUCAGGUGAUCCUCAGGUAAAACUGUAUUUGACCAAAGCCUGUAGUAUUGAUGGAGUUUUCUAAAGAGCUGAUUUUGUAUCUUCCAUUUGUUUGUCGUUUGUCAUUUGCUAGUCCCUUUAAGAGGCCUGUAAUUCCCACGGUGGAGGCCCGUUGUUAUGAAAACAUAAGUAAUAUGUUUCCACUGUUAGGGAGAAAUAUGUUUAUUAUGUUUAGUGCUGUACAACUCUGCACUGCAUCAUACUAUACUGAGAGCUGUUUCUAGGAUUAACAUCUCUCUCAUAGCUAAUUAUCAACAUAUUGGAUCACAGCACUGCAUUAUUAUCUUAGUAACGACACAUUUUCUAUAGAGUUCUCAUAUGGAUGUCAUUAGACUGUGCUGGCGUACCUAAUGCAAGUUGUUGCACGGUGAUGCUCCUCUAAUCCUCUUUGCCUUCAGUCCUGAAAGAGUGCACCAGCUGAAUAUGUUCAAUAGUGCCUGUAGAAAGAUGUCACUGCUGCUUUUUGACACUUUUUGUAAACCCUCCCGCCCCUUAUUGUCCUCUAAAGCCCUAUGCAAUGUGACCCUGACAGGUGUUUUUAGGGAGUUUAUAAUUCUAAUGAUGAAUAAAAUGUGUUUAGUAAGAAAUACUGAACAAACCGUAUGUGCCGUAUGUGUGG